AUGGAAAAUCUUGCUGCAUAUCUGUUUGGCAAUGUGAAUGAAGAAGGUCAACUGGAAGAUUCUGGUUUAGAUGAAGAGGUUCGUGAGUCAUUACAAAAAGUUGCAGUUGGGGAUGUUGUAAAUCAAAUAUUUUCAGAUCAAACAUUAGGAUUUGAUGAGCAACAAGUUUCAACAAAAAAAAAUAAACCAACUCUUCAGAUUGCUCCACUACCACCUCCACCCUUACUGUUCACAAUAGAACCAAAAACUUUGUAUCCUGCAUUUGAAAAAGACAAAGUAUUAAAAUUCUCUGAACUUUUUGCAACAAAAUGCACUCGAAAAAAAUUACGCGACAUUAAAAAAUAUGUUGAGCCUGUAAGUUUAGAAUUUGAUAUAGACGAAAGACAAUUAGUUGAAUCAUCAUCAUCCAAAUUAUUUGAAGAUUUGAUAGCCGAUGGAUCUAAUACGACAGAAGAAGAAUUAGCAAAGUAUUUUCCAUCGUUCUCUGAUGAUGAUGAGUCAAUGGAAUAUGACAAUAACAUAGAUAAUAAUGAUUCUGAUUCAUAUGAUUCAAAACCAUUUGAUGAUCCCGGGUCAAUCAUUGGUUAUAGGAAUUUAGAAUUAGAAAGUGGAGAAUGGAUCAAUAAUAUAUUGUGGGAUAAUCGUAAUAUAGACAAUGAUGCAUCACCAUUAUAUUCUCGAUUAAUAUUAGACAUGAAUGAUCCAAAUAUACUUUUUGAACAGCCAGGUGAAGAUAAAAUAAUUAAAAUUCACAAGUACAAAACUUCUGAUGAUAAUAAAGAAAAUUAUUUGCAAUAUAAUGUUGAAAAUGUUGAAAGAAGAAAUUGUAGAAAGAGGCUUAAUUUUGGUCAAAUGUUUAUAAGACAUUCUUUACCGGCGCUUAAAUUACAUCCACAAUAUUUUAAAACUAAGUUUACAAAAUCUGAAAUUCGAGCAUUGCAUCGUCCAACAAUUCAAGUUCCAGUCGGAGAAGUAGUUCAUUUUAGGAAAAUUAGACGCCAUCACCGAAAAAAUAAAAGAAAAUUACGUUCUAAACAUGAAAAAAUGAAAAGACCUAAAGAUUUAUCACUAAAAGACAACGAAGAAUUUGUUUUACUUGAAUAUUCUGAAGAAUAUCCACCAAUAUUAUCAAAUAUUGGAAUGGGAAGUUUGCUUUUAAAUUAUUACAGAAAGAUUGAUUCGAAUGAUACUUAUAUUCCAGCGAAUAUUUUUGUGGUGGGUCAAACAUUUCCUAUGCAAGAAGUUCCAUCUCCACCAUCAAGAAAAGCAAAAGCUACAAUAGCAGCUCGAAUACAAGCUACAGCAUUACGACUUAUGAAAAGAAAUAGGUACCAUAUAGUAACACAUGAUCAACUGUUAAAAAGAUUCCCAGAUUAUAAAGAGGACACAAUUCGUUCACGUAUGAAGGUAGCAGAGUUGGUUCGUAAAAAAGGUACUGAUAACAAUAUACAAAUUUGGAAAUUGAAACCUUCACGUGGCGUCCCAAGUGAAAAAGAAAUAAGGAAAAUCCUUAACGAAAGUCAACGUGCUCUUAAGGAAUCCAAAUUGGCUGUGGAAGAACAAUUAGCACCAUGGAUUACGACAAGGAAUUUUCUAAAUGCCACACAAUCAAAUGCCAUGUUAAAAUUACAUGGAGAAGGUGAUCCAACCGGAAAAGGCGAAGGCUUCAGUUUCAUUAGAAUUUCAAUGAAGGAUAUAUUUUUAAAGGCUGGAGAAUCUGCUAAAGAUAAGCUUGAAGAUUCGACAUCUUUUAUCGAUCAAAGUAGAUAUAAUAAUGAUUUAUCUGAUAUGUUUGUUGAUCAACAAGAUAUUAAUAAUGAAGAUAAUGAAGAUAAUGAAGAUAAUCAGGUUGAUAGUGAUGUGGAUAUGGAAAAUGUGGAAAUGAAUGAUUUAAUGGAAUCUGCAAUGCCAGAUCAAACACAAUCACCAGAAUCAAUGAUGGACUAUGAUGAUAUAACAUCUGUAGAUGGUAGUAUAACUUCACGUACAAAUUAUGAUUGUAGUUCUCAUCGAAACAGAGCAUUGGUGAUAAAUCGUUCGAUAAGGUCAGAUAAUGGUGAAAAAAGGUGGACAAAAGAAUAUAUAACUGAUCCUUCAGUAAUUAAUGCGUAUAUUCGUCAAAGACAAGUUAUUGAAGAACAAACAUUAAAUACUGAAACGUUGGAGCCAACCAAUGAUGAAGAAAGAAACGAACGAUUAAAAAAGAGAAUUCAAGAUCAGUUGGCUAGAUUAAAACGAAAUCAAGAGAGACGCCAGCAACGUCUGGCUGUUCGUGAAGCUAAAAAAGCUGCCAAAUUAUCUGCUGCUGGUAACGUUACUUCUGCAUCAUCUAUCGUUAAAGAAAAGAAGACUGAAACAACAAGACGAUGUGGAAAUUGUGGAGCUUUAGGUCAUAUGAAAACAAACAAGAAAUGUCCAUUAUAUAAUAGUAAUAAUAUUCCGUCGGAAUCUUCUACAACCACUGUACCAACUACCAAUAGAAUUAUUAUAAAAAUUAAUAAAAAUACUACAUGA